AUUCUUACUAGAAAUAAACAAUUGUUUUUUUUGUCUCAUAACUUUGUUAUUAUCGAAUUUUAUAAUACCACGUGUUACUAAUGUUAAUCAAUGAAUGACGACUUUUGGAACGCAAGGGCAGAGAUACUAAUGAAGUAUCAUCGAACAACAAUCGUUUAUUUUCGUCUACAUUCAACAACUAACGAUAUUGUUAUGCAUAUUACUACAUUAAAUAUUUACAAUGUGAUUAAUCCACGGUCGAACAAAGAAAAGAAAUGUUCGAGUUAAACAUUUUAAUAUCCUUUUAUUGCCUCGCAACUGUUGCUGUUUUCGUGGACACAUCAGUAGUACACAACAAUUCUUUUUGCGUAAUUAAAGAUCCUGUUUUUCAAGUUUUCAAUUACAAUUUCACCAGUCUUUCGGAUCCUACAAAAGAUACUAUUUUAAAUGAUGAUUAUUUAAAUGAAACUGUGAGAAUGCAGCUAUGUAUUCCAUUGAAACAAAAAUGCAAUGGAAAGGAUGGUUAUGGAAUCUGUAUGACACGAAACAACACAGAAAUAGGAAUAGGAAAGAUACCUCCAAAAGUGAAUGUAAAAAAUGGGAGAAUACUAUUUGUAUUUACAGGGGAUAAUUGUACACAAACAGAGAACUAUACUGUAAAUAUUAUUAUGAAAUGUGAUUACGAAGCUGGAAAUAAUCCUCAUCAUGAAUUAAUUUCUCAUACAGAGGACCAAUGUCAAUUAUAUAAAGUCUGGAAGACUGCUCUUGCUUGUGCUCCUCCAACUGUACAAAAUUGUACAGUAAUAGAUAAUGGAUUCCAUUAUGAUUUAUCUCCUUUAACAAGAUAUUCAGAAAAUUAUGUUAUUCGUGUGGGUACUGAGUUGUUGCCAAAAAUUAUAUUAAACAUUUGCCACUCCGUGAUAUUUGAAUAUAAUGCCUUGUGUCAAAUGCGUUCAGGAGCUUGCUUACAAAAAAAUACUGAUUCAUCAAAACUUGGAUAUACAAAUUUGGGCGAUGUAACACACCCACCAUUUAUGGAAAAUGGUAGAUUAAAACUUGAAUAUCAAGAUGGAGAUAUGUGCACAAUGAAAAAUAUUUCUGUACCACACAUUAAAACCACCAUUUAUUUUAUGUGUGAUUUCAAUGCUGUGGAUACAAUUCCAGAGUACAUUGGGGGGAGUGAAGAGUGCCAUUACCAAAUAAUAUGGAAAACAGCAGCAGCUUGUAGCAUAGAAUCUUUGCGUAAUCAUAGUGUAAUAACUGCUGGCAAAUGUACAGUAACUAAUCCUCUUACAAAUUUUACAUAUAAUUUGCAAUCUUUAACUCACGCUGACUAUGACGUCACCGCUCAAAAUGGUAUACAGUAUAAAUUUGGAGUAUGUAAAUCGCUUGAUGACAUGAAAUGUUCCUCUGAAACAGGAGUUUGCCUUACCAAAAAUAGUACAUCUAUAGGAAAAUUUAACACAAAUUUAAUGUGGCAAGAGGGUGGACCAUAUUUAAACUAUACAGAUGGGGAUUUAUGUAAAAAUGGGCGUCAUCGUUAUACAGUUAUUGCGUUCGUAUGCGGAGCAGAAGGAGCUUCCAAUAAACCACUUGUCAUGGAACAAAGUCCUUGCCAAUUAAUUAUACAUUGGAGCACCAAUUUAGUCUGCGAAAAAAGGAUAAAAUGUGCUACAACUGACAAUGAGAUAAAUUUAAGUUCAUUGAUCAAAUCUACUGGUAAUUAUAUCGUGAAAGUGGACAAAAAUACAGAGUUUCAUAUAAAUAUAUGUCGACCAUUAGUAUCUGUCCCAGGAUUAACAUGCGCUCACGGCAGUGCAGUAUGCAAAGCAUACUUGAAUUUGGAUAACGAGUACGUAAAUGAAGUUAGUUUAGGGUUUCCAAAAGAAAGUCCGAUAUUAGACUCAAAUCGGGAAACAGUGUUACGUUAUAUAAGCGGAUCACCUUGCCCUGAGAAUCCAAAUAAAUUAAUUUCUUCAAACUUCACGUUUCCAUGUCGUUACAAUGAUAAGGGAUUUCCAGAAUUUAAAAGAUACGAAAAUUGUACUUACGUUUUCGAAUGGAAAACGAGUCUAACAUGUGGGGCUGUAAUGGGAAAUUGGGCCUCUCCUUGCAUUAUAAAAGAUCAAUUACUUUCACAAGAAUGUAACCUGUCUUUGUUACAUAAAGAUAAAAAAGUAUACCGUGUGAAAAACAAGCAAGGGAAAGAGUAUAGUAUAAGUAUAUGUGGUGAAGAAAAGUUCUGCAGUGGUUCUGCUGUGUGCCAAGGCAGCAAAGGUUAUGGAUCCUUGGCCAAUGUAAUUUUUGAUUAUGCCAGAGAUCUUAUAAAACUUCAGUACUCCAAUGGUGAUAAAUGUGUAAAUAAUUUCUAUACAUCUGAAGUGCGAUUUAUAUGUAAUAAUUCUGUGGGGAUUGGCGAACCAAAGUUAUUGUGGGAAUCGCAAUGUAGCGUAGAAUUCGAAUGGCAAACGAGUGUUACUUGCACUUGCAAAUCGAGUCCUAGCGAUCCUACCACGUCGUCAAACACCCAUGGAAACGUUGAAGAUUUUUCUUCUAGUCAUACUGGCAUGGUAGCAGGUAUUGUAUUGGGAGUCAUCGUACUGGUAGCAGCGCUGCUUUAUUUUCGAGAUCCAGAUAAGCGAGCGUGUUUACGUUCCUGCUGGAAUCCAUUUUCUUCGAGAAGAGGCAGUGGGCGCGUUCAGUAUUGCAGAGUCGACACCACGGAGGAGGCAUGUCUUCUUCUCGAUGUUGAUCCUACACAGUGUCAGACGGACAGUGAUGACGAUUUGUUGAACGCAUAG